GGGGCGCGUGGACGCGCAGGCGGUGGCGCGCAGUGUUCUCUCGUGGAGGACGUGAAGGGAGAACCGCGGAGGGGCGAAAACUUUUACGCAGGCGGACUGUCAGAGCGUGAAGUUUCGUUUCGACGCUUAUGAGGGACACGAGACAUGUCUGAGCUGGAGCUACAGUGAGACGGAGAUGCCCAAACGACGCUCACACACAGGAGAUGUGGACUGAGAGAGCGUAGAACACACACACACACACACACGCGCUCUGAUUGGCGAGAUGGGCUCCAGCCUGACGUGUGCGGGUGGGAUUUGGGCGCUGUUGUCGCUGCUGUGCGCCGCCGCGUCCUGCGUGGGCUUCUUCAUGCCCUACUGGCUGCUGGGUUCUCAGAUGGGGAAGCCUGUGUCGUUUGGAACGUUCCGGCGGUGCUCGUACCCGGUGCGGGACGAGGCGCAGGGGGGAACGGUGAUGCUGGAGCAGUGUGGACGAUACGCGUCAUUCCAGGGAAUUCCCAGCCUGGAGUGGAGGAUCUGUACGGUGGUGACGGGGACAGGCUGCGGCCUGCUGCUGCUGGUGGCGCUGACCGCUAUCAUGGGCUGCUGCGUUACUGACCUCAUCUCGCGCACCAUCGGGCGAGUCGCCGGGGGGAUACAGUUUGUAGGAGGUUUGCUGAUUGGCUCUGGAUGUGCCCUGUAUCCUCUUGGCUGGGACAGUGAAGAGGUCAGACAGACCUGCAGCAACACCUCCAACCAGUUUCAGCUCGGUUCUUGUGAAAUCGGCUGGGCGUUUUACUGCACGGGUGCCGGAGCUGCGGUUGCUAUGCUGAUUUGUACGUGGUUGUCCUGCUUUGCCGGGAAGAAGCAGAAACAGUAUCCAUACUGAUGCUACACCAGAACCCACACCAGCAGGAGCAGCUGCCGUCAGGGACUAAUGAGAGACCAGACUUCACUUUACGGCCUCUGAGUUUCCUCAUGAAAACAUAAGCGCCAUUGUUUCAUGACUGUCCGUUAACGUUUGACCUGCCCUUUGGGAUCCAAAGGGCAUACGCCAGUACAGCUCACCAAACCACACACACGGCUUAAGGCUGCAUCAUCAGCCGGAUAAUCCUUCAAUCUUAAAGCUAAAGACUCUUGUUUAUAAUACCCGUUUUAUUUUUCGCAUUUAUUUGGCGUACAAUAACUGUUUGUCCUCACUAUGUAACUGAACCUACUCUGCUACAGUGUGUGUUGUUUGUUUUUUAUUAUAAUGGACGUUAUAUUCUGUAUUUAUAUUAAUAUCUUGUUGUUGGCCUUAAAUAUCUCCACAUGCAAUAAACAUCGUUUGAACUGGAGGGUUUGUUCAGAACAGAGAAUAACCUCGUCAUUAUGUACUGUAACGUCUGAAACAGCUUCGAUGUUUGUUUUGAAGUAUUUAUCCUGGCGUUUUGCCUGAAAAUAAAUCACCCGUUUUGUUGUGUUUGUAAAUAAAUACGGUUACAUGACCAAAACGCAGUGAGCGGAGAAUCACA